CAGUUUGACGUUUGAGAAGAUUUGGAGAGGAGUUUUCGCUUAUUUAUGUUAAAUAUUACCGAAAAAUAAUUUUUAAACGACGUAUUUAUAAAAAAUUGUCUUAUAUUUUCUGAGUCGUCAAAUAUGAGAGUUCAAAAAGUGUUACAUAGGGUUUAUAGCCAGUUAUUGGCGCCUAACAUUGGUGUGGCCGCACAAUCAUGCAGCUUACAAGUUCGCCUGAAACAUAGUAAAGAGGAAGUCAAUGAACACCGGGCUAAAGUCAUGGGACGUGGGUUGCCAGAGAAGAAACCCCUGCGGGGGGUUAAAAAGAUAAUCCUUGUGGCAUCUGGAAAAGGUGGAGUAGGGAAGACUACUACAGCAGUAAAUCUGGCAUGUGCAAUGAAAGUGAUUGAGCCGGACAAACAGAUAGGAUUGCUAGACGCAGACGUAUUUGGACCUUCAGUGCCUCUCAUGAUGAAUAUAAGUGGUGAACCUAUGCUCAAUGAUGAUCAUUUGAUAGAACCACUACUCAACUAUGGAGUUAAAUGCAUGUCAAUGGGUCUCCUGGUGUCAGGUGAGAACGCAGUUGUGUGGCGCGGCCUGAUGGUGAUGCAGGCGUUAGACCGGCUGACGAGACACGUGGCGUGGGGGCCGCUCGACUGCCUCAUAGUAGACACACCGCCCGGCACUGGCGACACGCAUCUGUCCCUCGCACAGAACCUGCCUAUUGAUGGCGCACUUGUAGUGACGACGCCCCAGUCCGCAGCUCUACAAGUCACGAAGCGAGGCGUGAACAUGUUUGAAAAACUAAAAGUUCCUAUAAUCGGCAUGGUGGAAAACAUGUCGCAUGCAGUCUGCCAGCAAUGCGGCAGUAAAAACUUCGUGUUCGGAUCUGAAACUAAGCAGACUGCAGCACAGAUGGGCCUACGAAUUAUUGAAAGCUUUGAAGUGGACCAGAGUAUGUCGGAGUGCAUAAAUAGUGGUAAGCCCGCGAUAUACGCGCUCCCAGACAGCAUACACGCGGAGAAGUACCGGCAACUUGCUAACAAAGUGUUCAAGUACAUAGCAGAUAAGGACAACCAAACGGUCAAAGCCAAAGGACAGUAAACAUUGUUUAUGCUAUGUUUAGUUUCACACCUGUAUCCCCAAAUACAGGCAGAGCUGUUUAGUAUAUUAUAUAUUAGUGUUGCCGCUCGAUAGCGCCCUAUCGAUAGUUUACCAACAAACGAUAAUAUCGAUAAUUAAUAGAUGGUAUCAAUACUAUCGAUAGCUUACUCGAUAUCGAAGAGCGAUACUAUCGAUAGUAUUGAUAGUGUUUUGUUUUUCAACUAUCGACACUAUCGAUAGUUUUUCAUCUUGUAACUAUCGAUAGUAUCGUUGCUUAUCAAUACUAUCGACAGUAUCGAUACUAUCGAUAGGCCUAUCAGUUGGGUAGAUGAUUUUGGCCGUUUACUAUCGAUAGUAAAACUAUCGAUUUUUCGGCAACACUAUUAUGUAUACACCCGCUCCUCGCCAGCUAUGUUGAAGUCCCAUGUAUCAGAGGGCGAGUCUAUUGCCAAUAAAAAGGCACAUAUCCUGGCAACCACGUGACAUAAAUAAUCUAUACAGACAGGAGCGCACAAAAUAUCUACACGUAGUUGUUGAAUCUUCUUUAUUUUAAAUAUUUUACAAAUAAAUCUGUUAUAUAAAAAAGACGUCGUCUCACUUACAAAUAACAUAAAAUAUUAUGGCAAACCACACAGCUAUCCCAGUCACGGAGAAUCCAACGAAAAUAAAACAUUUAAUAUUUAUGUCAAAAUUUAUUUAGAACAAAAUGAUUUAAUUAGAAUCCACCUUUAACUUCUAUGGCCGAACCGUAGCUUAAUAAAAAAUAAAAAAAGGUACUAUAAAAAUAUUUGUCUUUUAAAUAGUUUUAUAAUAAUAUACAGAUAGAGGAAAAUUUGUUUUGGAAGAAUAAAGAAUUGAUCUUGGAAACAAUAUUUUAAUAUCAGCCUAUAAACUUAUGGCUAUUGGAAUAUUUAUUUCUAAUACAAAGAUUUCUCACACGGCCAUAAAAUUUACACCUUCUUUGAAGAUCCCACAGAGUCGGUUAUCAGUCAAUAAGUACAAAAUAGAUAUAAUAUAUUUACAUUGACAUCACAACAGGUAGAAAAAAUUCGGAAUGAAGAUGUAACACACUAGACAAACGAAAUCGGCUCAGGUCAGUCCGAGAACAUACGCUUACAUU